AUGUUUUCGACUUUACGAAAUAGUACUAGAUAUUGUUUGCUUCCAUUUUCAAUUGCCAACAUAUUUAGUGCUGAUAAACUAGAUAAUUUAACAGAAACCGAAAAAAAAUCUGAUAGAACUUCAUUGAAAAAUGAAACUGGAUGGGAUCGAUUAAAGAAAAUGUUCGAAGUAAAUGAAUUUGGUAAUUUAACUAACGAAGUUAACUCAAUUUUACAAGUAGCAUGCAUGAGCAUAUUUGUGGGAGCUCUAUAUGGUGGUGUUAUUAAUAGUAGAGCUGCAUACCUUGAAUUUAUGAGAAGCAAUGAAGCAACUUCUUUCGCAAAUCAUUUAGAAGCAAAGAAAAAAUUGCAAGAAGCUGUAACGAACAGUUUUGCUAAAGGUGCUUUCAAAUGGGGAUGGAGAAUAGCUUUAUUCAGUACAAGUUUUGUAGCUAUUUCAACAAUGAUACAAACAUACAAGGGUGAAUAUGGAAUUUCAGAAUAUGUAGUAGCUGGAGGAUUAACAGGAACAAUGUAUAAAUUUAAUAUGGGCCCAAGAGGAUGGGUUGUUGGAGGAGGUUUAGGCUCAGUUUUGGGAUUAGGUUGUGGUGCUGCGACUUUAGGACUUCUAAAAUUGGCUGGUAUUUCAAUGCAGGAAGCCCGCUACUGGCAAAACCAUUGGCAAGAUAACAGAACUAAAUAUUUUAGGAAGGGAAUGGCAGAAUACAUAGAAAAAGAAAAUUUUGCUGUCAUUAAAAUACAUGAUGAAGAAAUAGGUGAAAAAGGAAAAGAUAUUGCAAAUUUAGUAGAUGAUAGUAAAAAAGAGGUAGAAAAAAGUAAAUAG